UUUAUUUUUUUUGUACUAUAUAAACGUUCCCCUUCUUCCCUCCAUCACAUUACAUUACUCACACUUUUUUUCUCUUCUGUGCUCUUGAAUUCCUUUAUUUCGUUGAAGCUUUUUCUCAAAGGUUAUCGAAGAUGGUGAUGUCUGUAAACAGUAUUCGCAUUGUCGUCGGCAUUAUCGGUAAUGUCUUAUCGUUCUUUCUCUUUAUUUCGCCAGCGCCAACAUUUAUACGAAUCGUCAAAAACAAAUCGGUAGAGGAGUUCCACCCGUACCCUUACCUAGCAUCUACGAUGAACUGUUUGAUGUGGAUUUUCUAUGGCCUGCCGUUUGUUCAUCCAAACAGUGUUCUUGUGGUCUCUAUCAACAGCGUUGGUCUCUUCCUGCAGAUCAUUUAUCUUUUAAUAUUUUUCAUCUACACCGGCAAAAAGUAUCGGCUACAAAUAGUUGCCAUAUUGUGUGCAGAACUUGUGGGGCUGGCUGCUGUAGUAGCUGGAACCAUGUUAGGCCUACAUACCACCGCAAGUAGAACCACAGUAGUGGGAGUGCUCGCUACCUUCUUCGGAAUUUGUAUGUAUGCAGCUCCUCUAUCAAUCAUGUGGAAGGUAAUCAAAACAAAGAGCGCUGAAUUUUUGCCAAAGUGGCUUUCUAUAGCAUGCUUCCUUAAUGGAAUCUGCUGGUCUAUCUAUGCUCUCCUCAAAUUGGACCCCUACAUCUUGAUUGGAAACGGAAUUGGAGCAGCAUUAGCCUUACUUCAGCUGAUAUUGCUGGUCAUUUAUCGCAAUCCGCCACCAAAAGAGGGCAAGAAGCCGUCUACCGUGGAGCUCAACAACGUCGUCUGAUUUCCCCAAUUCUCAACAGAAGACUAUGAUCCCCUUCGAUUUUGUUUUACUUUUUCUAUUAUCCCCUUCCUGAUACGAAUUUACACGGCAUUUAUUUUAGUCAAAUUCAAUUUUCAGCAAGUUUUUGUAAGUUUAUUAGUAGAUUCUUUAACUCGGUUAUAAUAGGAAGUUUUUUCCUUA